ACCCUGAAAGCAUUUUCAGCUCAACGGCUCAUCGAAGCCAUUUUCCAAAUCGGUACCGUUUCGCUAAACCGUUUCGUUUUGUUUAACGUCUUUUCACAUCAUCGAACCGAAAUAGUUAAAGGAUGCGCGUUAUAUUUGCAGAAAAAGAACAAAUAUAGCUUAUUUUAGCAUUAAAACAGCGUUUUUCUGAAGUUUUGAAAAUAAACUUGUAUUGAAGGAGUUUUUAAUCGGAUUGUUUGCAAUAUUUAUAUUGGAUUUUUGUGCUUUACGAGUUUCUGUAGCUGUAUGCUUACUUUGUCGGGAUGGAUUCGCUGGAUAAAAUCGAACAAAACGUGAUUCGAGAGGCUCACGACAUCGCUACAAUUUCGAUUAACCGAAUACGAAAUCUGUGGUCGGAAAUUUUCGAUGAGCACAUUUGUCAAGACCACAUGAGUCGGCUACCAGAGCAUAUUCAAACGUUUUUCGAUGAAGUGUACGAGGAAAGUGAGAAUCGAAAGCAAAAAAUUUUGGAAACUAUUGAAGGUCUUCGCCAGGAGGCACUCAACCUAAAGCGUCUACUGCGGGAAAGCGAUUUGGAUUUGAAUCUUGAGCCAGAAAUGCCACUACAUCUGGUGCAGAUUAGUCUGGAUCGCAGUUUGGAGUGUAUGCGGGAAAAGUUAAAGCUGCGUCACGAACAAAUCGAUGAGUAUUUGUUUGAACAGGAGACUCUUUGCGAAGAACUCGGCGAAUCUCCUAGACAGUUAUCAAAAGAUCCGUUGCCAUCCGAAGCAGAGAUGCGAGAAUUUCGUUCGUACCUCGAUGGUUUGCGAAUGGAGAAACUUCAGCGGUUUGAGGAGAUUGCAUCAAUGCGGCGAGAUAUAAAGAUACAAAUGGGUCAUUUAGACAUCACUCCACAGUCGGAUCGCCAAGACGAGCUCGUGAAUGCGCGUAACUUUCCACCGACAAGAUAUAAUCUGACCGAUCUUCGGCAUCUUCACGAAUCUGUGCGGUCUCAGUACGAACACAUGAAAGACGAUAUUGACAGAAUGCGUUCCAAACUACAGAAAUUGUGGCAAAACUUGCCAGUUAGUCCUUCAGUGGUGAAGAAGUACGAAAAAUAUGAUGAUUACACACAGACAACAUAUGACAAACUUUUCACCGAAUUGGAUCGUUGCGAGGCUUUGAGACGAAAAAAUAUUCAGAUGUUUGUUGAUCGAACUCGAGUGGAAAUUGUGCAAUGGUGGGAUAAAUGUCUGAAAUCGGAAGAAGAACGUGCGAGAUUCUCUACUUUUAAAAGUGAUGUCUACAAUGAAGAUUUACUGGAGCUACAUGAAAUGGAACUGAACGAUUUGAAAGAGUAUUACGCUAAUAAUGAAGCGAUCUUUCAACUGGUAGAGCAGCGCCGUGAGAUGUGGGAGAAAAUGAUUGAAUUGGAGGAAAAAUCAAACGACCCUUCGCGAUAUAACAAUCGUGGUGGUAAAUUACUGGAAGAGGAAAAAGAACGCAAACGAAUUAGUAUACAACUACCGAAAAUUGAACAACGAUUGCGAGAAGCUUGCAAGCGGUACGAAGAAACAAAUAAACGAAAAUUUACUAUCUUCGGCGAAAAUGUAGAUGAUAUACUUCAAGAGCAAUGGAAAAAACGAGAGGAAGGAAAGUUGAAGAUCUCUAGCGCACGAAAGAAAGCUAAUUUGGCCACACCGACUGCAGCCAAUAGAACUGCUGCGUUAGUGCGUACCCCCAAAACUGCGGAGACGCUGCUGAAACAUACAAGUAUUAGUAGUCGAUCCAAAUUGCAAGUACCCGAAGCUACAUUGAAAUAUUCGGCUAGUAAAAAACUUUCCGCUUCGAAACUGUCCUCAGCUGGGUUGAAACGCAAACUACCAUCACCCAAAUCAGGAGCAGUGAAACGAUCUUUGCUAAAAGAUUUAAAUGGUAGCUCGAAAGCCUUUCUGAAACCGACUGCACCAACGUCCGCCAGCAAACAUCGCUUGACACCGAAAUCUCCUGGUAGAAUUGCUACCGUUAAAGUUUAUGAAACGAAAAAUAGUUCGUCGGUAGCUCAAAAAAGGCGGUCGCGAAGAAAAUCACAGAACAAACAUCGCCGAAGUGUGUCAAAAGCCAGGCCGGAAAUCAUCGUUACAUCAAGUUCGGACAACACACUCCAGUCCGUGUCGGUAUCAUAUGAACAUUUCGAGAAUUUUUUUGAACAAAACACCCCAAACCGAUCUUCGCUGAUGCCGGAACGAGGAGCAGCCUCGGCGACAAUGAUUCACGCAGGCAAAACACGUGCCCUCACCCGCCGUAAUCAUCGCAACAACGGUACUACACUGCUUAGUUCGACAAAUAACGGAUUCGGAACACCGUCCAAAAUAACGUUCCGCGCUCCGACAGCUUCCAGUACAAUGAUAGCGGCUACCGGUAUUCGAUCUCCGGCAGCGAAUAUUACUUCUAGCGGAAAAAAACUAAUGCCUGCCUCGAAGAACUGUCCGAUUAUUUUCUAAGCUUCGAUUUUGAAUCGGCACCUGUUCGUACAACGAUCGCACGCUACACAGAUGUCCAAUACCCAUAGGGUGCAGGUGGUAAUCGUUUGCAACGUCAAUGUAAUUUUUCAAUGGUUUUCGUUUGUUCAGUUUAAUUCGUUUUAUUUUAUCGCUGUACUGUAUAUUUUUUGUAAUUGAUUUCAAGCAUCGAAAGAGAAUAACAAUUAUUUUUAGUAAAUUUUUCGUUUUCGGUUUCUGUUUUGUUUUUGUCACAAUUCAAUCAACGGCCCUGAAAUAUACUAAUCGCAAGAAUUUAUAAUUUAGUUCCGUAAAUGUGAACUGACUGCACAUGUGCGAAUUGAAGUAAAAUGUCACUCACAAAACCAAUCUAAAGUUCACUAUUAAUAAGUACAUAGUUUAUAUGAAAACCUUCAUUCGUUACAAUAUAUUUCUUUACUUCCUGUACAUCCAACACUAGGAAAACGGUUCAUGAAUGAAGCAAUAAAAUUUUGAAAAUCUACAUUCUUUAAGAAAGAAUCUGUGAAAAUAACUGGCAUAAAACCGCAAUCCUAUGAACUAUUGAUGUAAGGACGCAAUUCAACGUUCCAAUUUUGUUCUAAAAUAAAAAUAUUAAAACCA